ACAGAUUGGUGGGCUGUCUUCCCGCCAUUAACACCAUUCCCCAUUCUCCACCACACCUCACCACCCACUCUCUCUCUCUCUCUUUCUCGUUGUGUCUGGAAACGACAGGAAAUCUGGAACCUCCUCGGCUAUAAAAAUAGGAGUAAUAGCGAACUUUUUCGAGUGUUGUAAGGUUUCUACAAAAGCGCUCGAGAGAGAGAGAGAGAGAGAAAAAAAAAAAGUCUAAAAAAUAUUACAGCCGGAGGCCUGGUCCUUCUACUAGGCUUUUACACGCUCGUUGAAUCCUUGCAGACACUGAGAGAGAGAGAGAGAGAUGGUGAGAGAGCCAUACUCUUCAGAUAUGGAAGUUGGGAUGAACAUGAUGAACAACGACAUGAAUAUGAAGCCUGCAUGGCUUGAGGGUUUGAUGGCUGAAACAUUCUUCGGCGCUUGUGGGGCCCACGAGAAUCGCAGGAAGAACGAGAAGAACGUCUUUUGCUUGCACUGUUGCCUUAGUAUUUGCCCCCACUGCUUCCCUUCUCACCGCUCCCACCCUCUCCUUCAGGUGAGACGAUAUGUUUACCAUGAUGUCGUUCGAUUGGGUGAUCUGGAAAAGCUCAUUGACUGCUCAUAUAUUCAGCCCUACACUAUAAACAGUGCCAAAGUGAUAUUCUUGAAUCAGAGGCCACAGUCUAGGUCUUUCAAGGGCUCUGCCAACAUAUGCUGGACUUGUGACAGGAUUCUCCAAGAGCCAUUCCACUUCUGUUCACUCUCAUGCAAGGUUGAUAACAUGGUGUGCCGAGGAGAAGAUCUAUCCAGCAUUCUGUACAGGUUUGAUGAAUCCGAUUUUGCAAUUUCCCAGUUCGAGGGAUUACAGAUGGAUGGCUCGGAGAUGAUAAUUGAUGAUGAUGAUGGCCAAAUUACCACAAGCUCCAUCCUAGAGGAUCCAGUAGUACAAUACAGAGGUUCAUCAUGCUCCAAUGAGGCCACUAGCAAUUCCUUAAUUUCACGCGAACCCGAGCUGGUGAAGAAGAAGAAAGGACGGGGCUUGCUCCCCGGGAUUGUUCUCUCUCUCAGCAACAGGAGAAAGGGAGCUCCUCAGAGGGCUCCUCUUUCUUAAGAUUUGAAAACUCAAGAAAUAGAGAUCUGAAUUUUAUUAUUACAUAUAAUUUAUAUGUUAUUAGGUAACAUUAAGGCUGGUCAUGCUUAAUCUGUCUUCUGAAGCAAGUACUCGUCUGUAUUGAGUGCUAUUUUUGCAUUUUUCUUCUUUUUAACUGGAAGGUGCUUAUAUAUGACAUGACCUCUGGUGGGUGAAGAUUUUCUGCAUUUCAAGGCUA